ACUACAAGGAGAGGCGAGAGAGAUGUUGGCCUCCACUACGGCUAGAGCGACCGUGAGAAGACACAGGAACUUCCGGGGCGGAGUUCUCUGGUGUUUUCAUUUCCGUGGGGGAAUGUGGGCAGCUGGCGCCGUGAAAGUUAGUGGUUGCUUGGCUGCCUUUUCCGUCACUUUGAGACGGUGCUUGAAAUUGGGAGCGGCAAUGGCAAAGAGCAAGUUCGAGUACGUGCGGGACUUCGAGGCUGACGACACAUGCCUUGCCCACUGCUGGGUGGUGGUGCGGCUGGACGGCAGGAAUUUCCAUCGGUUUGCUGAGAAGCACAACUUUGCAAAACCUAAUGACAGCCGUGCUCUCCAUCUAAUGACUAAAUGUGCCCAAACCGUGAUGGAAGAACUGGAGGAUAUUGUGAUUGCAUAUGGGCAGAGUGAUGAGUACAGCUUUGUGUUCAAGCGGAAAAGUAAUUGGUUUAAAAGAAGAGCCAGUAAGUUUAUGACUCACGUGGUCUCCCAGUUCGCCUCCAGCUAUGUGUUUUACUGGCGGGAUUACUUUGAGGACCAGCCCCUUCUGUAUCCCCCAGGCUUUGAUGGAAGAGUCGUGGUGUAUCCUAGCAACCAGACCUUAAAGGACUAUCUCAGCUGGCGGCAAGCAGAUUGUCACAUCAAUAAUCUUUAUAAUACAGUUUUCUGGGCACUUGUACAGCAGUCUGGAUUAACACCAAUCCAAGCCCAAGAGAGAUUACAGGGAACUCUUACAGCAGACAAGAAUGAGAUUUUAUUUUCUGAAUUCAACAUCAACUACAAUAAUGAGCCACUGAUGUAUAGGAAGGGAACUGUGUUGAUAUGGCAGAAGGUGGAUGAAGUCACGACAAAAGAAGUUAGGCUGCCAGCAGAAAUGGAAGGAAGAAAGAUGGUGGUGACCCGGACCAGGACUAAGGCGGUGCCCUUACACUGCGAUGUCAUUGGGGAUGCUUUCUGGAAGGAACAUCCAGAAAUCCUACAUGAAGACAGCUGACCCUUUGCUUUUCAUUACUGGUGUGCUUGACCAUGCAGGGUCCCCCAAGUCUCCUGGCCUUAGGUGGCCCUAGCAUCUGUGCCAUGCAGAACAGUGUCCUGGGAGUGACAUGACUGGUUGGGAGGGGAACAGAGAAAGAAGGGAUGAAUGUGGGUGGUGUAUCUUGUUCUGCUUUAAGUGGAACACCUAUUUUUUGGUGUUGAAACAUGGUUCCUUUGGUAGAAGUACAGUUUUUUAAAAAUCAUGGUACUAUUUUUAUAAAGCAAGAACUAUUUUAUGCCUUGCAAAAUGAAUCAUUUUUAGAUUGUGGCGUAAGCCUUAUAAAAACUUGUCAAGCUCUUUUCACCUAUGAUAGAAGAUGAGCCCAAACUUUACUCUCACCCACUUAUUCUUAACCACAGAAUCCAGUGACCUUGGUCACCUUGCCCACCUAUCUACUUGCAUUCAUCUUUGGCAGACCUGGAGUUAAUAUGGGUUGAUGCCUGCCUGAUGCCUCUGAAUUCAGGAAUUCCAGGGCAAACUCAGGGCUUUGUGCCAAUCUCCAGAUUGGCAACUUGAGCUGAACAAAUGAGUUGUAGUUUGGAUGUCCUUGUGUAAACAUUCCCUAGAUUGAUUUUGUGGAGUUGGCAGCCUGAUCAUCAUGAUCAUCUUGCCAGGGGCAAUGAUUACAAGGCCACUUAACCUCUUUCUAAGAAGAAAGAGAAUUACCUGUUUAUGUGGGAGAAAGAAAACAGCGAGAAUGAAUGAACGAGGAGGAAGAAACAUUUACUCUCUGUCCUCUAGACACUUCAGUUUUGAAAGUCACCUUCCUGUGGACUUCCUGAAAAAGAUUCUCAGGUAGCCUCUGGAUAAUCGGAACAGUGACAUUUGAGUUGGAGAACAGAGGGACCAACCCUCAUCUUGGGGUCACAGGUAGCAGGUGGCAGAGGAGUCCUAAUAGUUCUGCCUGCCGACGGGCCAGUGGAAUUGGGCGAGGAGCAGCAGGAACUGCGUGUCGCCAAGCCGUUGGCCUCUGAAGGGGGGAGGUAGUGGGGGUAGGUGGUCGAGAACUCAUGUCUCCUCUUGUCCUCACUUCAUGUUGUAGAGGAAGAAGAUUAAUUUGGCUCUAUAAAGAAUUAACUAAGAGAUAGCCCACAUCCCAGUGCCUGGUCUUGCAUUGUAGAAUUUACAGCCAAGAAGAAAAUGUAUUUUUGAAAGGGCAACGGCUGGUCUCAUCCCUCACCAAUUGACACCCCAUCUGUCAAUGCCUUUUUUUCCCUUCCUGUUCUCUUCGCUUCGUGCGAAUAGGAGACAUGGCUCAUGUUUGGUAAUUGAUAAGAUUUCUUUGAGAGAAAAAAAUAAAGCUUUCAACUCCCUUG